AUGAACCCGGAGUUGAGGAGCCUGAUGCGAUAUGAGCCCGGAGCAGCCGUUCUCCGCCCAGUCAUGGUGCCCGACUGGUACACCGCUGAAGAUGCCGACGCUGGUAAAGAUGACUUGGCAGACCAUGACAAAACCGCUGAUAGGAGGUUCGAAGUCAGUUCCAUCUACGACAGCGUCAGCACGGGUCUUCCACUAGGAAUUCGUAAUCAAGGAGCUUGCGGAUCAGACUCCGACGUUGACGAGAUCGAUGACUUGGAGAUGACCGGUAAUACCUACGCCUCGGGGAGGAAGAAGGAUCGUCUCUGUGGUGCAAGUACCACAGGCCUACUAAAGCUACUAGCAUAG